GAAUGGGGCUGAGGGGAGAUCAGCGACUGCCUAUUUUAGAAGAUAUAUGAAAGGGAAGACCUAGACGGCAAGUCUCACUGCGCUGAACUUGCCUGGCACGCAUCCUUCUGUUCGGGUCGUUGUCUGUUAUUGUCAACGAUCCCACAUUCCCACUCGGAUAGUACAUAAAUGGUCGGUUGCUCACCGCUCACGACUCUCUGCUGGACUUGAAAGUGCUUCUGUGUGCCAUCCACCUGCUGAUAACUGCGCGAUUUAUGUAGCCUUGCAAAUGUCUAGCUCAGUGGCGGCGUCCGCACCUGCACCUGCUGCAUUUAUUUCGCUUGCCCGCCGCCCUCCACAGAACAUCGUCCUCUUAUGUGACGGCACCUGGCAGGAGAGGAGAGCCGUCGUCGCAGAUAUCGUCCACGGUACCCUCACCUCCUCCGCCGGCAACUAUCUGACAAAUAUUGCCUUACUUGCCCAAGCAAUCGCCCCGACUGCGGAAAUACCCGAAGAAGAUGGAUGUUACCGCCGAAACGUCAUAUGCUACAUUUCAGGCGUAGGCACGACUCUCGACUUGUUCGGCAACCUUGUCGAAGGUGGCACAGGGGCCGGUCUCGAUGUCAAGGUGGAAUUUGCCUAUGCCUUCCUUUGCGACAAUUGGCAACCUGGGGAUGGUAUUUUCUUGUUCGGAUUUUCACGCGGUGCUUACACGGCUCGCUGCGUUGGCGGCUUGAUCAACUGGGCGGGCGUGCUCAGCAAGAAGGAAGCACUGCACUUUAGCGAAGUUUGGCAAGCCUACAGCAAGCGAGACCCAAGCAAACCAGAAACGGACCAAGUCGCCGCAGACCUUUUCCAUGAGCGCUUUGGACGUUGGCCGAAUCGCGAAGCCUCGCAAGUCAGCAGCGUCAAAGCCGAAGCCGGAUGGGCUGCAAUGCCAAAGGAGAGCGCUUACGCAAAUGAGCUUCUUACCGAUCCGACCGUGCAGCCGCCUCCGAUCAAAGUGCUUGGCGUUUGGGACACGGUUGGUGCACUCGGUGUUCCUGGUAAUUUCGCGAAUCCUGUGACCAUUACCAAAUGGAGCUUCUACGACCCUGGUCUCGGGAGCAACGUUGAACAUGCCUUUCACGCAUUGGCUCUACAAGAAGACCGCAAGGACUUCUUGCCAACAUUUUGGUACCAGCAAGCUGAUGCGCCAAUGGAGCAGGUCCUCAAACAAGUAUGGUUCCAAGGAACACACACCGACGUCGGCGGCGGCUACGGCUUCCACGGCCUGUCAGACGUGACACUUGCUUGGAUGGUCGCACAGAUGCGCGAUGCACCUGGUGGACCACUUUUGAAUGUCGACUUGGACCGCCUGCGCGAGCUGCAAGACCGACGGGCAGCAUGGGCCAAACAGCCAGCGCACAGGAGCCGGAUGGCGGUCGAGUGGCAAGGCACGCGAAAAGUUGGGCAGCACAUCUAUUCCCCAGAACAGCUGUCCAGAGUCGUCUGGAAGAACAUGGUGGAGAGCGGUGCGCGUAACGAGUCCAUCCAUCACAGUGUCUUCGUCGGCGGGCAUUACGACCCGCUGAAGUCGGAGCAAUUUGCCGAGCUUAGGCGGACACCUGAAGGGACCGCGAAGCUCAAGGCGAUGUGGGAGCAAGCAUCGGACCCAGAGUCUCUCUUGCCGACUGAGAAGCUGCUACGAUGGCAUGAAGGCGAGGUAUUUGACGCAGAUGCCGCUGUCUUGGCAAGUCAGGUUGGCGCUGAGACGAAUGGCGAUGCCGGAAAGAAGCCCUUAGGCCAUGCCCGUUCGCCAAGUACGGGCACAGAACAGUUCUUCAACGCGCUCAUGAAUGUGGCAACGUUCCCGGACAAAGUUGUGUCCUCAACGAUCAAUAUGAGGCCGACGCCAAGCGAGAACCUGAAGCCUAGCCUCUUGGGCAAAGGCGUUGAGACGCUGCGAGCCAUAUUCUACAAGAAUAGAUCUAAGGACACCAUCGUGCAGCAGGUCUUGGAUGAGUCUUCAUGAUGAUUAUGUUUUCAAGUGUGUUCGGCUAUUAAGUAAGGACGGGAAACAUUAUUUGCGCGCAACCCAUGUAAGCGCCACGCCCUUCUUAGUGUGUGCCAUUUGGUCCAUAUGUACUAUAUUGAAUCCUAUGAGGGAAAUUUGCCUUGGCGAUGCCGUUCUUAGCAUUGACUUUUGAAAGAAAUGAGGUCUGCGUAACAAUGGAGGCAUCAGGCGAGGGGCGCUGCUUGUGAUGUCGAUGGUCGCAUGGCUGGGGUAGGCUCGGACCUAGAGUAUGAGGAAAAUACCAACAUCGCAGGCAGAUUAACACAUGGAUGACGAGGCGCGCGGAUGCCGAAGGCAUUUCAUCAAACAGGCCUGCCCUAGUCAUGAACCGGCUGAGCGCGAUCUCUGCACGGUUGUUCGGGACUGCG